AUGAAACUCCACCGGCCGCUGCACGUCUGCGCGUACCUGUUCGGCGUGUUUCCGGUGGCACGGACUCCUGGCCCGCCACCCCGACGUUUCCGGGUCCACUGGCCAGGCGUGGCGCUCAAGGCGUUCCACACGGCCCUCUACUGGCUGGUGUCGCUGGUCGUCAGCGUCGUGUCCAUCCGGAACCUGAAGAACUACCAGAAGUUGGCUAAGAAGCUGCUGGCCACCCGGGUGCUGGACAUCGAAGAGCUGUUCGUGUACAUGAUGUUCGCCGGGAUCGCGGCCACCGCCGUGUGCCAGGCCCACAUGCUGUGGCCGUCCGUCGUCCGUGCCACAAACGAGUGCUUCUUCGACCUGUGUCAGCUGAACCACGUCACCGGUGUCUGGCAGCACUUCUCUGCGUACGCCAUCGUGCUGUUCGUCGCCUACGAGUUCGCCAUGUACUUCGUCUUAAUCACGUACAAGUUCACGUUCCCUUCGGCCAAACUGAUCUGUUUAUUCCCGCCGCUGUCCAACAUCACGUGCGUCGUCGUCGAGCAGUUCUUUUACCUGAUGUGUGUGUCGCUGUAUCUUCGGCUACGGGUGCUACAUGACGACAUCGAGACGCUAGUGCACAAGGCUGAACACCCGCGGUGGAGAUGCUGGGCGUCUGUGGCCACGGGCGGUGGCGGUGGUAGACCAGCGGUCGGCCGGAUGGGGAUACCAGCGUUCAGCGCGUCCGAUAUACGCGACCUGCGGGCCGUGCACCGCGCGUGCAUGGAACUGUUCGCUCGCAUCAACCGUCUGUUCCAGUUGCCGCUGUCACUAUGCAUGUUCGACUGCGUGUUCCGCAUCAUCGUAUAUAUGUACGGCAUCGCGUUCGACGUGACCAUCGUCAUAUGGGAGAAGAAGAAGCACGUAAACUACGCGAACACCGCCAUGUGGUCGGGUUACUGCGUCAUUCGGAUCAUCCGGCUAUGGUACCUGUACCUGUGCGAACAUUAUGUGACCAAAAAGAUUUUACCAAUUCGUUUGUCACUUAGCUGGCUUUCAUUGGUUCUAAAUCCCGUUACAAGCCGGAGACUGAUGCCCGAGAUAAUUCUAUUUCAACAUCAACUUGAUACCAUCAAGUCCAAGUUUGAAUUAUUUGGCGUUUUAAACAUCAAUAUGACGUUAUUUUAUGCUGGAUUUGGCACUACACUGGCGUAUUUAGCGCUUUUACUACAGUUCUUUGCUUUUAAUCAGAUUUCAAUGGCAUCCAUUUCCACAAGCAAUGCAACAAACGCUGACAAAUAA